GGGUGACAAUACACCAUAGUAACAGAGCAAUAUGGCGUUCCAAAACAUGCGUAACUGUUGAUGAGACAACAGCUCAACCGCCAAAAUGCCUCUGGGGCCAUUUGGAGAAGUAGUAGGUACCACUGGUACCUUAGAUGCUCUUGGAGAAGAUGGUCAAAACUACAAGUCCAAGGUGAUCGCGCCUCGGAACCCAAAGGUUGUUCGCUCAGACGACCAAGAAAAGAAGAAACACAUGGAAAAGAAGGUUAUAAUUGAAAGAGCUGUGAAGCAUCCAGUUCUUGUUAAAAAACCUCUUCUUGACCCACCGAUGAAACCCAGUAAGUUCCUUUUUGACAUGAGACUUACAACUGAGCAAAAGCUUGCCAACACACAUAUAAUGCAUAUUCCACGCAAAGUGGAACUUCUUGACAUGGGUGAUACAUCUCUUCAGAAGUUCUCCCAAGUCAGCAUUGAUGAACCAUUGUUUCAACCAUUCCCAUCAACGAUUUACUUUCAGAACUUUGAGCCAUUUGAGACAUAUGAAGUUCCCCUUUCUCUUCGUAACAAUGAUAAGGUUCCACGGCUUGUCAAAGUUACCCAUUUGGAUUCUCCAUACUUCAAAAUCAUUAGCCCUUUUAAUGUUGGUCAUAAAGUUGGUCCAGGUCUGCCUACAGUUUUUCGGAUACAGUUCAUACCAGACAUGAAGAAAGACUACGAACAUGAACUGAUCUGCCACACAGAGCGGGAGAAAUUUGUUGUUCCUGUCUAUGCCAUUGGUGCCCGAGCAAUUCUUGACUUUCCUGAUGAAAUCAACUUCCCUGUUUGCCCUGUCAAAUACCCCAGCACACGAACUCUUUUAAUCAGGAACAUUGGUCAGCGGGAGGCCAAGUUUUCCCUGGAAGCAGAGAAGCCAUUCUCUGUCACACCUGAGAUUGGUACUCUGGGCAUUGAUGACAUCAUGCAGGUGACCAUUGAGUUCAAUCCACAAAAAACUGGUGAUUGGCAUGGAGAUCUCACCAUCAGCUAUGACACAGGAGAAAAAGUUCAUGUAAGCUUGUAUGGGGCUGCACAAGAUGCCAAUGUUCGCCUGGACAAGAACUCUGUACGCAUGGAGAACACAUACUUGUCCAUGGCAUCUCAACGCACAGUUGUGAUCUUCAAUCGCUCUGACUUCAUUGCUCACUUUCGCUGGACACAGUUUGCCACCCAAGAAGAAGAAGAUCAGCAAAAACUGCUACAGCGUAUAGAAUUGGACAGAGAAGAAAAUACAGACACAGAUCGGUUCCUUGAUGAAUGUGUGACAGACCCUACCCUGAGAGACAAGAUUUCCAUCCUAAGCAGGACUUUCCAGAAUAGACAGAGGAUGUUAGAGAGAGACCCUAUGCUUUUUGAGGAUGAUGUGAUCAAGAUUGAACCAGUAGAAGGGGAUAUCUGGCCUCAGUCCAACUUUGAAGUCAGCGUGGUGUUCAGACCACGUGAAGCUCUUCAGUACACUCGCACAGCAUUUUGUGAAAUCACUGGCCGCCAGAGUCGCCUGCCUUUACGCAUUCGUGGUGAUGGAGCAGGACCAAAGGUGGAAUUUUCCUUUGAAGUUCUGGAUAUGGGCAUCAUUUUUAUUGGAUCCAAGCACUCAUAUGAAAUAGUGCUGGCAAACAAAGGGGACAUUGAUGCUAUUUACAGUGUUCUGCCAAACAGUUCUCUGUUUGGACCAUGCUUCAGUUUCAACCCAGCAGAAGGAAUUGUCAUGCCAGGGGGUCACCAAGCUAUACAGAUCGCUUUUAGUUCAUCUCAUCUUGGGGACUUUUCCGAAGAAUUUAGCUUCCAGGUGGAUGGUUUGCCAGAUAACCUGAAGGUUACUUUGAAGGGAUCUGUGAUUGGCCCAACCUUCCAGUUUGAUGUGCCAAAACUAAAGUUUGGGAUUGUGUCAUAUGGAUUCAAGCAUUCCAAGACAUGCACCCUUAUGAACACAUCACUGGUUCCCAUGUCUUUUCAUCUCCGUGUCCCUGGAGAUGGCACCACGCCCAGCAUCUGUGCAACUUCUGAUAUGGAAUCUUUGGGUCAUACAGACCAACCUACUCCUCGGCAGGGUAUUCUGGGGAGUGUCAAAGAGUUUGACAUUCUUCCUUCCACAGGAACCAUCCCACCUCAGAGUGAAAUGAAAGUGACCAUAACUCUGACCUCCAACCAGAUCCGAAAAUAUGAGAAUGUGCUUGUAGUAGAUGUGGACCAUGUUGGGGAAGAGAUUCUCAGCCUGCCUAUCAGUGCCAAGUGCAUUGUUCCAACAGUCACUCUUCUGACUCCAGUGAUGGACUUUGAACGCUGUUUUCUGGGAUAUCCAUAUGAACAUUACAUUCGUCUUUACAAUGACUCUGAUCUGGCAGCCAAAUAUAUCAUCAUUCCAGAAAAGGAGCUGAACAUGGAGAAUCCUUCCAUCCUAUAUGAAAGCAGAGAGGCAAAGGGUAUUAUAGCACCUCAUUCAUUGUGUGAAGUUCCCCUGAUGAUCCGAGCACAGAUGCUAGAGGAGCAGGAGGUAUCAUGCUUCGUGGCCAUCUUUGGUAGUCAGGAGCCACCUAUGCAUGUGCAUGUUACUUGCAUUGGGGAGGGACCAGUCGUUCAAAUAACCCCACCGAAGGUAGACUGGGGCACAAUAAAAGUAUUGGUAGACAACACCAAGAAGCUUCUUCUUUCCAACGAAUCCCUCAUUCCAGCAAAGUUCACUGCACAAAUGCUUCGCCCCAACUCUGUCUUCAGCGUUUACCCACAGGACGGAGAGAUUCCUCCAGAAAGUGAUCUGGAAAUAACUGUCACUGCACACUUGAACGACUGUGUGAGAUUCAAUGACAAACUUAAGCUGACCUUCAUUGAGAGUCUCUCACGUCUGGUGCCAUUGUGUGCAUAUGGGCAAGGCACCACCAUCACGUCUGACCCUCCUCUUUUACCUCUCAUGGACUUGGGCCCUAGUUACAGCAAUCGCCCCUUGAGGAAAGUCUUCAGGCUGACAAACAGCGGACGGCGCCAUCAACAGCUGACAUGGAUGACUGAGGGCUUCGGCAACAGCUAUUCACGCAAAAAACAUAACAGGCGAAACCUUCCUCCUAUCACACAGUCAAAGAAAAAGGAUAAAACUUUCCAAAUGGAAGAACUUGGUCCCGUCUUUGAAGUGAUGCCAAGCCGCUUUGAGCUGAAACCUGGAGAGUCCAUUGACUUCACUCUUGAAGGUUUUGUCAAUGAGCCACAAUCUGUCAAAGAACAGCUGUCAUGUCAUGCCAUUUUGGGGAGAACAGGCGGCAAAGAACUCAUCAUGAAAAUAGAUGUUUCUGCAGAGUUUAUCAGUCCACUUCUUGAGUUCUCCACCAAAAGCGUCUUCUUCCGGGUUGAUAAGUCUGUAAAAGACACUCUUGAGAUUUUAACUCGCAGUCUGGAGAUCAGCAAUAUGUCAUCACUUCCUCUGACCAUCUUGCUGACUCUCAACUACCCCUUCAGCAUUCUCCUUUCUACUGGAGAGACAGUACAGGAGAUGGAAACUUGCUUGGAAUGCCAACAAAAGCAGUUGCUGACAAUCCAGUUUGAUCCAGCCUACAAGGAGGAUCUACACAUUCGGAUCAUUGAUGAGGUGUUACAUGUGGCAUACAAGGAACACCCACACAUUGAUUAUGUAUCACUUCGUGGGGAAGUAUACUUUCCCAAUCUUGAGUUUGAGAAAACUACUCUACACUUUGGCUGCAUCCUGAAUGAUACUGAAGUGACCCGUUAUGUGAACAUCACCAACAACAGCCCUAUGCAGGUGAAAUACAAAUGGUCCUAUCUGGUGGGCAAUGUGCCUACCAAAGUGAAACGCAUUGCACGUCCCCGGCCAUUACUCAUCAAAAAAGAAAGUGUCAGAGCAAUUGAAGAGGAAAUUGAAGCUUUGCAGUCGACUUUUGAUGAGGAAGAGGAAGAGUCAGGUGAUUCAUUCAGGAUAAAACUGGAAGAAGAAGGGGAAGAAGACAAUCAGACCUCUUACGAAUCUUUAAGGAAACAGACCUUUGAUGAGAGGAAGCUAUCUCUACUCAGAGAGGGGAGUGAUGAAGAUGAAUACACAGAUGAUAAUAAGGAGGGUGAGGAAUCAGAGAAUUCAGACGAUUCUGAUGAAAGCCAGAAAAAUGAAAUGCCACUAGCAGUACCUGAGGAUAUUGAUACACCUGAAAAGGGCCAGCUGGAACAGAGCCAGGCAGAGAAGGAUGAGGACCAGCUGAUAAUGGAGCGCCUGCUACUGGGCAGCCGAUUGUCUCUACGGGUGGAGGAGGAGGAAGCACUGCGCAGUAACUGCAUCCUCUCAGCACUUCUGGAACAGGAAGUAGAAGAGACACCACUUGCAAGUGUGGAAGAGGUGUUUGAUAUCCUGCCAUUAUAUGGUAUAUUGGAACCAGGAGAAACUGAGCAGGUUACUUUUACCUUUUUUGGUCAUGCUGAUAUUUGGGGAGAGGUUAAGGCUGUUUGUGAAGUAGAAGGUGGCCCCACCUAUGAACUGACUAUCACAGGAGAGGCUGGUCAAGUGGAGUACCAUUUUGACCAUAAAGAGAUCAACUUUGGCAAACAGAUGUAUGACACAGUUGCUGUUGCUGAGUUGGUGCUGAUCAACUCUGGCAAGGUGGCAUUUGAAUACCGUGCCCUCAAUAUGGAUCCUAGCAUGCAAUCCCGGCCGAAGCCUGGAUGCCCUAUUCUAGUCCCAGCCUCUGGCAAGAUUGGUCCUUUUGGAGAACAGAAGCUGGAAGUGCAUUUCUUGCCUGGAGUACCAGAGUGUUUUCACAAGACCUUUGCCAUCCAGGUUGCUCACUUUGAGCCAGAUGUGAUCAGCAUCAGUGGGGAAGGUGUGUUUCCAAGGGUUUCUCUAGACCUUCCCCGAUAUACAGAUGCGGAAGGAUACUAUGACUCUCUAGCUAAAGAAGCACGGGCAAAUUUGUGCACCAAAGACCUACUGACAGGUAGCAAGUCUCUUCAUGAUCUUGAGGAAUUUUUCCCUUGCAGUUCUACAGACAGAAUCCAAAGCAACUCGGAGUUCGUUUCCAUGCCACCACAAAAUGCACCAACCGAGUUGGAAAUCCAAAUGGAGAUUGAGAGGCUGGCUGUAAGAGACUUUGCCCUUCAGAUGCAAAUCAUGACUUUACCGCAAUCACUGCCGCCGUUUGAUCUCCACCCUCCUGACCUGAACAACAAUCCCAAUUUCAGUGCAAGUGCCAGGACUAUGUCUACUAUGCCAACUCCCCCUGCUGAAGAAUCUGGUGAAUUCUCCCAGUCACAUCAUCUUCGCCGUAAAAGGCUCAGACCCAAGCUUCCAGAAUACCUCCUUGAUUUUGGCUAUGUGGUUCUAGGAACACAGCAGACUCAUGUUGUGCGUGCCACAAACACAGGCUGGUUUCCAGUGUCCUUUAAGAUAGAACGUGGAAAUAUUCACAGUAUGGGCUUUAUUGUAGAGCUUGACCGAGUUCGCAAUCUUCCAGGAGCACCUGACAAUGAAACUGUAGACUUUGUGGUGACUUUUGACCCCCGUGCAGCAAAUUUACAGCUGGGACCUGUUGAGACAGUGGUUUUUAUUAAUAUUGUGAACGGACCCCAAGUAGGGCUAAGACUGCGGGGCAUUGUGACCAUGCCUGACAUGGAGGUCUCUGACGACGUUCUGGAGUUCCAGGAGGUGAAGUGUGGAGAGUGUAAAGUGAUCACCGUUCAGUUUCAUAACCACCAGCAAGUGAGAUGUGACUGGUUCUCUGGCCUUGAAGAAGAAUACAAGGCCAAGCUAGAGCAAGAAAGGAGAAUGCAUGAACAUUCCCAGCGGUUUGUUCCUUUGUACCUUCGCCGUAAACUGCGCCAAGAGAAAAAGAAACCUCCCCAUUUUGAAGUGCUUCCAGCAAGUGGGAGUCUCAUGCCAGGUCAGCGAGUCAAUGUCCAGAUCAAGUUCAUGCCCACAGAGGAGAUAUUUUAUGAGCAGCGCAUUCCAAUCAGAAUUGCUCAAAGCAGUCAGCGUCUCUUGCUGCUUUGUAGAGGUCAAGGCCUUGAACCUCGUCUUGAGUUUGAUCACCAGCUGGUGGAGUUUGGGCCCAUUCUGCCACACAGCAAUGGAGUUGAGCAAGAGGUUGUCAUCUGCAACCCUUGCAACUUUCCUAUUGAGUUCUACAGCUUGGAGUUUGACCAGCAGUAUCUGGAAGAAGAGAAGGUACUAAGACUGAUGAGGGGCUACGACGAAUACAGCACAAUCCUUCUUCCUCCCCGUGUCCCUUCAGAAAAACUUCCCAAUGAGCUUUUGGACUUCUAUGAUGAGCAAAUGAAGAAGCUUGAGGAAGAAGAGCGGGCCAAGGAGGAAGCCAAAGCAGAGGAACUGCAGCGUCAGCUGGAAGAGAAAGAAGAAGACGCACUAGAUGAUAAAGUGAAACAAGAGUCUGAGGAUAUUAAGACUGAACAGCUACCAAGUGUCCUGACAACAACAGCAUCAGCAACAUCAGGCUCCAUCAAGGAGACGGUGCAGGCUGCUGUGUCCAUUGAUGAGGCUGAAAGGAAGGAAGAGCGACUGGAAGAAAGGAUACAGGAAUCAGCAAAUGGAAGUCUUGGUGUUGGUGAACUUGAGAUCACACCUAUUUCAAUGGCCAUUGCUCGAUAUCUUGGCAUUGACCUGUCAGCGGAGGGGAAGGCUGCUCGAAACCGUCGUGGGCUGGCCAUCAUUUUGCAUGGAGCUCCAAUGACAGGAAAAUCAACAGUAGCCAUUGCUCUGGCACGACAUUAUAAUGCUGCCAUGCUCACCCUUGAUGGCGUUAUUAUGGAUGCCAUUGCCAGUGGCAACACUAGUGCAGGAAUGCGAGCACGACAACUGUGUGCUGAGGCAGCCCAUCGCAAGGCUGAAGAGGUGAGACUACAAGAAUCUGAGGAGAGUGAGAAAAAGCCAGCAGGGCUCAGUGUUGAGGCCGUCACAGUACAUACUCAGGGAGGAGCUAAUCCUUCUGUCAUUUCUUCCAUUGGAACUGUUCGGAAGACAAGUCAACUGGACACUAAAAGUAAAGAAAAAGGAGUCAAAACGCUAAACACUUCUUCUGGGGAAGCUAGCAGUCAGAUUCCCAGCACUCCGCCAUUACUGACAGUACCUCAACCACAGCGACUGAGUGUCAGCACCAACAUUGCCGGGGAAGAUGGCCUCCUCAGUUGUGUUUUUCCUGAAGAGCUUCUCAUAGAGAUUUUGUCAGAACGCCUCCAGUUAAAUGAUUGCCACCGUGGUGUGAUCUUUGAUGGACUUGAGACACUGUUCUCUCAGAACUAUUUUUCCACCUUAAAUGCUAUCUUGAAGGCAUUGAACAACCGCCGCUUCAUCUACUUCUGCACACUUAAGAUGGACUUCAGUGUUCUGAAAGAGCAUGAGCAAUUGAAGAAACUGAAAAUUGAGGAGGAACAGAAGAGAAAGGAAGAAGAAGAACUUCUGAGAUUAGAAGAAAUGGAUGAAGAAGAGUAUGAUGCCCUCAGUGAUUCUGAGAAAGCUAGGACAGAUGAGAAGCGACUGGUUAUAAAGAAAGCCCGCAUCAAAAAAGAGCAAGAAGAGCGUGCUGAACGAGAGCGGCGUGAGAAGGAGGCACGAGAAGAGGAGGAGAGAAGACGGGAAGAAGAAGCGAAGCUAAAGAAAUCAAAGAAAGGAAAAGGGGGACCCCCAGAUCCCAAGGAAAAGGACAAGAAAGGAGCACCCCAAGAUAAAAAGGGGGCACCCCCAGCAACAGAUCGGGGCCAAAAGUCACAGGGUGGAGCUCGCCAUGACACCGAUCAUAAAGUACCCGCACCUACUGACCGCCCAGAGUCUCAUGGAACAGAAAAAAGUGAUGGUCAUGACGAUGGAAAUGUCCAGAGAAGACGGGGCUCAUGGGUUCCUGAGGACAAAAAAAAGAAAGCAGGAAAAGAUGGUAAAAAAGAAAAGGGAGGCCAUUUGAAUCAAGGUGAUUCCAUGGUUUCUGAAGAGCACAAGGAUAAUAUGAAUGAGGAAGAAAUUCUGCUCAUGCAGCGAUUCCGGAAGUUUGAAGUUGCCCAGAAGGAUAUUGCAGACUUCUUAGAAUUGUGGGACCGCACAACGCUGCAGGUCCAAAUCCCACAUAGCCCCUCAGAACCCUCUGAGGAGGAGGCCAAAGAGCCACCACAAUCUGCCAAGAAGGGCAAGUCCAAAGACAAACAUGAGAAGGAAAAGGAGAAACUUCGACAGCAGCAGGAAAAAGAGAUGGCAGAAAAGGCUGCCAAAGAGGCAGCAGCAGCAGCACAGGGAAGUGGGAAAGAUAAGCCGGCCAAAGCCAAAGAAGAGGAGUCCUUGGGAAUCCCACACAUUGUUAUUGACUGUUCUGAUCACAAUACCGAUCCCAUGGAAAAAUUGCUGUCAUCUCGCUUCCUGCCUUCACUUGAAGAGGUGCUAGAUGGACUAGGAAUGGGUCCACGAGGACCACCUAUCCCCCCUCCUGCAGUCUUUGCCGUGGUCCCCUACCCUGUGAAGCGUCGUGCUCCUUUAAUGGCUGAACUGGGAGGACGUUAUAUAUUUGUUGCCUCUUCUCCAGAUGAUCCAAAUGUGAUAGUGGAAGAAAAAACAAAAGACCCUGAUGCUGAGGAGGAGAAGUCAGCUACACCAGAGAAGAUUGGUAAGGAAGACCAUGCAGCACGUGGAAAAGUAAAAGGAGCAGAGAAGAAAGCUACCUCAGGAGAUCCCACUACCAAAGAACGCAAGCGCAGUGCAGAUAGAAAGUCUCGCAUGGCACGCCGCAACUCAGCCCAGAUUUCUUCUCCCCCUCCUGGAGCAACUACACCUGUUUCAGAUGGUGACAAUCAGAGCACAACUGGAGAAGGUUUGGCUCCUACUGAGCCCAAAACUGCAAAACUCUCCACCUUCCGCUGGAUUGUACCAGCCAAUGGGGAGAUAAUGAUUCGUCUACGUUUUCAGUCUGAAGAACUAGGUCAGUUUGACCAGACAUUUAACUUUGAGAUUGUUAGCACACGACGGCGCUACCAACUUUUCUGCAGGGGUGUGUGCGCAUUCCCUACGAUCAGUAAGGAACCCAGAAUUGUGUUUCCAUCUCGCAAGAAGAACAUGAAGCCUGAUGAGAUUGUUAACAAAAAGUACAUCCUCAUGAAUGAAACAUUUGAAUUUGGACCUCUUCUUGUUGGCAAAAGUAGAGAACGAUACAAGGAAGGACGAUAUCCAGAGAACAUGGAGAGUUUCAAAAUCUUCAACUCCUCGCCCAUGGAAGCUGAAGUUAGCUUUUGCUUUUUCACUGACAGCAAAGGAGAGACAUUUCUACUUGAUCCCCCCAGUGGUACUCUAAAGCCUAAUGACUCCAUGGCUCUCACAGUCUGGGCAUAUCCGAAGGGUCCUGGAAGGUUUGAAGAUGCAGUGGUGGUUUGCAUCCGUGACAACCCAGAGCCUGUGGUGUUUAAGGUUGCAUGUGAUGGCUUUCGACCUGAGCUGGAACUAGACAAGAAGGUGCUGCACUUUGACAAGGUUCUGCUCCACAGAAAAGACACUAAGGUUCUCUAUCUCCGUAACUCCACCAAACUCCCUGUUGCCUGGCGACUGAGUGGCUUGGAGAUGUUGGGUGAGGAUUUUACAGUGGGUGCUGACACCGGUGUAGUGCAGCCCCUGUCAGAGUACCCCCUGCAGGCAUAUUUCCGUGCAAUGAGGCCCGUACAGACAAGCAAGAGGAUGAUCAGACUUGAGAUCUCAGACGCAGACAACAUUAUGGGUGUUGUCAGCACAGAGCCUAUUCAAGUUAUUGCUGAGGCCUAUGAUGUUGCAUUGGACAUGAGCUUUCCAAAGGGCACAGACGGUGGUCUCGACUUUGGCACAAUGCGUGUGAAUGAAGAGCGCAAAGAAGUAUGCACACUUAAAAACAAGGGGAAAUAUGAUAUUGCCUAUAGCUUUGUCUUGGAGAAUGUAGACCCAGGGUGUCCAGACCUUGCAUCCUUUUUCUCUGUCAUUCCCACGAAAGGAACUCUGACUCCAGUAGACCGCCCAACGCAGGUUCAAGUGAUAUUCAAAUCACCAAGGGAAGUCAUAGUGCGAGACCAACCAGUUCUCAAAUGCCUUGUCAUUGAGCCUAACUUAAACGAAGGUGGGGAGGUCAUUGCAAACAUCCCAGUGAAAAUUUCUGUGAAGGCUGUUUACACCAAGUUUAACAUACAACCAUCCAGUGAUGUGAACUUUGGGUGCUUGUUGGUAAACAGCAAAAAGACUCGUACAUUUACCAUUGAAAACAAAGGCGAGUUUGAAUUUCGGUACACUAUUACAAAGUAUAUGAAGGAAGCUGUUUCUCAGACCAAUGUUCGUCAGCAGCGUCCGGUGGUCAAGGGAGAAAAACGUGAUGGCUCAAGUUCAGGAAGAUCAGUGGCACGUCCAAAGAAAGCUGAUUCUCUUAGGCAAGAGCAAGGUGGUCAGUCUCGACUGAUGCUUGGCAUGUUCACCAUCUUUCCUGCCUUUGGCAUGAUUACACCAAACAAUCAACAGGUCAUCACUGUAGACUGUGUGGCCGAGACACAAGCCCAUGCUGAAGAGGAGCUCAGCAUUGAUAUCACAGACCGAAAUCCCAAAGCUUACCCCAGUGGCAUCUUAUAUAAGCUAAUUGCUGAAGCCUGCAUCCCCUCCAUCAACACUGAUGAUAUUGGAAGCAUUUUUGAAGAACAUCGUAUCUGCAAAAGCCUCAAUGCCUGGCACAACAGCACUGAUGAGGGCAUUGGAGGAGUCUACGUGGAGUUGGAGAAACGGUUCAUCUUCAACAGUGUAAUUGUGGGAUGCAAAGCAAAGGCACGGUUUAAAAUCCACAACCCUACCAAGGUGCCAUGUGAUCUACUGUUUUCCCUGAAGCCAUUGUCUUCCCAGAAAACUGCUUCCAAGACACAAGAAGCCUUUGAGGUGGAUCCCCAGAGAGCAUCAAUGCCCAGCCACGGCUUCCUCUAUGUCACCAUUUCAUUUUCUCCACAAUCCAUGCAGUCCUACUUUGCUGUCUUUGAAGCUGCCAUUGAAGGCAUAACUCCAAACCAACCUCGUGGCAAGCCUUUGACUUUUGAGAUUGCUGGAGAAGGCAACCUCCCACGUGUGACAGUAGUGAAACCAAUGAUUCGUAGCAAGCAUGGGCAACCUUUGCUUCUGUUCAAAAAGAUCCUUGUCGGCAGAACCCAAAUCCUUCCAUUUGAGUUGUUGAAUGAAGGCACACUUCCUUGCAAGGUGAACAUUGAUCUGCUUGAUCCUGAUGGUGUUUUUGUCUUGCAAUCGACUAGUAACACUCAGAAUGUGGCUGGUGACAUGAUUGAUGAUCUACAUAGGAGGCCACACACUGUUUCCAUAUCCAUCAACAUGCAGGAGGUGGCUACCUUCACCGUCACAUUCCGACCAACACAGGCACAACGUUCUGUGGCUCACAUACGAAUGUCAGUGGUGGAUAACCAGUAUGAAGACUCUGUGGUUCAGCUGGUUGGAGAGGGAUACCAGGAUGAUAUAACACUGGACAACAUCACGAGUGUCUUCAAGGAAAACACCCUACCCGAAGACCUAGAGGGAAAUAUGGCUGAUGUUAAUGUCGCAGCUGCGAGACCCAACCUAAUGGUAUUUGGGAACUGUUACAUCAAUGAGCCACGUACCCUGUCACUGACCAUGACUAAUCAUUCCAAGACUGACUGCAUUCGCUUCUCCUGGCCAGAUCACCCACAUCUGCGCUUCUGUCCACAGGUGGGUCAUCUUCAUGCUGGCUGCAGCAAAGAUGUGUCAGUGACUUUCUGCACCAACACCCCAAAGACUAUGGUGGAAGAAGUGGUAGCAGCAAGAGUAGUGAAAAUCACGUUUGAAAAGCCAGCAGAACAGGUCUCUGACUGGGAUGACCGCAUCAGGACUGUCAAAUGGGUGGACAUACCACCUGUCUCAUCCCAAGUUCCUGACAACACAGUUAACAAAUUUCCUUCAGCCACCCUUCAGACCGGGAGAGGAUUGAAGAAGAAGGUUGUUGAAACAGAGCCAGAACCAGCAUGCACAGAGGUGGUGGAGUCUGCUCGAAAUGUGGAGCUUCUCGUGUCCGUAGUGUGUGACUACAGCAAAUACACCUGCGAUUGCGAGUCUGUGUGUUUCCGCAACACCCUCAUGUUUCAGACUCGCAUGUAUGAAGUACUGCUGAACAAUGUUGGUGAGGUGGCCAUGGAUUACUCCUGGCAGAUUGUGAUGGAAAACUCCACAUUCCAAAGUUUACAGAGGUCGGUAACCUUCAUAUCUGAGGGUGACAGGUCCGAGUCUAGAGCAGACAUGAUGGGCUCUUCAGACCUACCCUUCUCCAUUGAUCCUCAGUUUGGAACCAUCCCAGCUGGCAAAAAGGCAUCGUGCAUUAUCAAGUUCUCUCCACUUGAUGUGAAUGAGUAUGAAGGGCGACUAAUUUGCAGCAUCCCAAACCUUGAGAACAACAUUCAGGGGCCUGUGAUUGGUGUGAAGGGGCGGAGCAUGAUGCCUUUUUGCCACUUCGAGCUUAUUGACUCAGAUUACCUGUCAGGGGCUCGUCGAGACCUAAGUCUUCUAGACAGUGGGAUAGCUCCACGCAUAUCCCUUGACCCCAAUACAAGAGUCAUUGAGUUUGAGGUUGUUGGCAUUGGACUACAUAGUGUAAAAGAGUUCUGUAUUGUCAACCCUACCAGCAGCAAAUACAACUUUGAGUGGUUGUGUGAGGAUGAGACAGAUAAUAAAGCCUCACCUUGCUUCAGGUGCCUCACCCCACGUGGUGAAAUUUGCAGUGGCCGAAAAUCAAAGGUUGGAUUUGAGUUUGUGUCAAACACACUGGAUAUUGUUGAGUCCCUUUGGUGCUUUGUCAUUCCGGAGCAAAACAUCACUGUGCCCUUCCUGCUUGUGGGUCACACACGUGAGCCUAACGUCAUCUUGGACCGCUCGCAUUUGAGUUUCAAAGCUUUACUGAUUGGAAGUGAAGCAGUGGAGACAGUGAACCUCAUCAAUCAUGAGACCAUACCAUACAGUUUUCAAUUUCUUGAAGAAUCUUGCCACACUGAGGGUUUUGGUGCCCAUCUUCGUGUGGAACCAAUGUCAGGACAAAUUCCACCAAAGUCAAGGCUGGCCAUUAAUCUGAGUUUUGCUCCAAACUCAGAGAAGGUUGUCAACUUCAAUCUGGUUUGCAAGGUACAGCGUCGCCUCAAGCCAAUCACGCUUAAUGUCAAGGCAGAGGGGUACACGAUGAACUGCAUUGUUCUGUGUGAAGAUUCAGCAGGAAAUCGCAUCCAGCUGACUUCUAGAGGAACCAAUCAGAUCCACUUUGGAGAUGUGGAGAUCAAUGAAACGGCCAUCAGGCAGCUACAUAUCAUCAAUUCUGGAAAGUUCAACUUUGACUACACCUGGAGUCUAAACAAAUCAGCGCUGCACAGCAAUAUGAUUGCCAUUAACCCUGUAUCAGGAAGUGUGACAUCCAAGGAAACAGAGAAAUGUCUUCUUUCUUUCUGCCCACCCACCCGCACGAUUUUGAGGAGAUGUGAGCUGAUGCUAGGGAUUUCAAAGGGACCUUCGUUUACCAUUAGCGUGAUGGGUCAGGGAGUCACGCCUGGGCUGCACUUCUCCUUCCACUCCUACAAUUUCGGCAAUGCCUUUGUACAUCAUGCAGGAAUGCCUGCCCUUACCACUGUGCUCAAGCUGACCAACAAGGACAAGAAAGAUGUCAGUGUGGAGUGUCAGUAUGAAGCCACUCCACAACUGCAUCACAGCUUUGAGGCAAAAGUGAUUCCUUGUGGUGAAUCUAUCGACAUUCCAUUCACAUUCUAUCCACGAGAAGCACGGCGCUACCAAGAGCUUGUCAACUUUGAGAUCAAUGGCCUGUCCAAGCAGACGGUGGAAUUUGUUGGCAAUGGAUGUGAAAUGAAGGUGGAAGUAUCCGAUCCCAGAAACAAGGUUGUAAACCUUGGUUCUCGCUACUUUGGUGAUGUAGUCAAGAAGUACAUCCCCAUCGUUAACAACUCCCCAGCACCCAUCAGCUUCCACCUGGCCUUCACGCCUUAUUCGGUCAGGCUGCAGUCACCUGACAUCUUGUCUGUGGGCCCUGUUGGCCGUCUUACUCUAGAUCCUCGAGGGGGGUCAAUGAGGGUGGAAGUCAUUUUCAAGCCAAAUGUCCGCAUACCUGCCUUUGCUGAGGAGGUGCUGAUGGAGAGCGAAGGCAUUUCCUUGCCAUUGUUUGUGCUGAAGGGCUCUUGCCUAGGCAUGGAGGUCACUCUUGACACUGAUGCCAUCCCUUUUGGCACUGUGUGUUAUCAGAGCAGUGUGACCCGCACAUUGGUGAUGAGCAACACCGGUGAUAUGAACACCAGAUUUAGGUGGGAUUCAGAUCGCUUCUUACCUGAUUUCUCUAUCUCACCUGUGGAGGGCUACAUAACACCUGGGACAGAGGUGACAUUUGAUGUCAAUUUCCACCCACAGACCAUAAGUUCUGACAUCCGAUGUGAAAAACUACGCUGCUUCCUUGAUGGUGGUCCUCAUAAGCCUAUCACUCUCACCUUGACUGGCAGCUGUACUGCCAUAGUACCAUCAAAAGAAGUGCAGAACUUCAUGACCUUUGUGCGUGGUAAAGAGACUAAGAUGAUUUCCAUCAUAAACAAGACGAACCAGCUGUGGGAGCUGAGCCCAGUGAUAGAAGGCGAGUUCUGGAGUGGACCUAUCAAGUUCAUCGUGGAGCCACAGCAAACCAAGCAGUACGAACUGACCUACCGCCCCCUCACUAUGACCACAGAGAGCAAGAAGCACAUGGGAACCCUCUUUUUCCCUUUACCAGAUGGCACAGGUCUGCUUUUCAACCUGCAGGGUACAGCAGAUGUGCCAAAGCCAAAUGGCAAGAUUUCGCGGGAAGUGCCCUGUAAAACAACCUAUACAGAGCUGCUUACUGUGUACAACUGGCUAAACAAGGCACAGAGGUUCAGGGUGAAGACUGAACCAAUCAAGCCAGAGAAAUUUGACCCUGGGACCACAGUUAAGGGAAUGGAGUAUGUUGAUGUACCUCCCAGUAGCAGCAAAGACUACAAACUCAACUUCUAUGCCUAUCGUGAAACUGCUAUGCUUCUCAAGGUUACAUUCAUCAAUGAUCAAACUGGAGAGUAUCAAUACUACGAGAUCAGCAUCCGAGCCACCAAACCAGGUGUAAUUGCCAUGCUAGAAUUGUCCACACCAGUCAGGAAGAGUGUGCCUUAUACUCUCCGCUUGGACAAUCCUCUGAAUACUCCAAUCACCUUUUCUGCGACAUGCAAUGUUCCUGAAAUUCAGAUGCCCAGUCAACUACAAGUACCUCCACAAUCUCAGGGUCUUAUUACCUUUGAGUACCAGCCUCUAAAGAUUGGAGAUGUUCAGGGCAAACUGGAGUUCAAUAACAGUGAGCUGGGACUGUUCAUGUAUGAUUUACUUCUGCAUGCUACUCACCCCAUUCCAGAGAAAAUUGUCUAUUUCCGUACCAGUCUUGGACAGAGUUUCCAGCAGCCAGCCAAGUUCCUCAAUUAUGCAAAGCAGAAGACAGAUUAUAUUUGCAAGGUGGACAAUGCUGAUUUCCAUGUCGAGAAGACGGUAGCUGCAGCUCCUGCUUCAACAGAUGGAACAGAAGUGGCACUGGAAGUGACCUUUGAACCCUCCAGACUUGGUGAACAGCGGGCAACAUUGAUUGUUUCAUCCCCUAUUGGUGGAGAGUACACAUUCCCACUUGUAGGAACGUGCACCCCACCCAAGCCACAAGGGCCCUACAUUAUCAAAGCUGGUGCUACAUCUGCUAUCAACUUCCGCAAUGUUUUCUCCAACACCACAACCUUCCUUUUCCAGGUUGACAACCCUCUCUUCUAUGUCACCAAAAAUAGUGAAUCUAUCCGUUCAAAGAAAGAGCAGCGCAUUGUGGUUGGUUUUGAUGGAGGUGACGCAACCUCCAAGGCCCCUGUUAUGGGACGAUUGGUUGUGUCCUGCACAUAUUCUGCAGGUGGAAAUUCUAGCACACAGUGGGUCUACUACUUAAAGGGAGUGAAGCAUUGAUUGCAAAGAUAUUUCUUUGUGGUCUUUCCUUGACACUAAAGAUGGGGGAAAAGUAAAUGCCUUGUUAUUAAUAAUGAUCCUGUAAUUAUCUGACAAUGAAAAGCAAAUAAAGACUGACUUUGAAGAAAGAAACAAGCGAGGACUUGUAACAGACUUUAAUAGAAAGCACUUUUCUUAUGCUUCUGUUAACAUUAUAGAAAUGUUAUGAAUAUCUCAGCCGUCCAAUCUUUAUCGUCUGUGAAGACAUUCCGUGACAAAUUUUCAAUGAUAUGCAUAUUUAUUUUUUAAGAAAAGAAACAUUGUGUUUCAGAAGCCUUAAUGUGUUUGUUUUUAUAUGUAUUACCAAAAAAAACUCUAUUACAUCCAAGAUGCAUGUAAUAUAUGGAAUAUUUCUUAACCUCAAGGUUUGGCAAGUGAUUUUUAUUCCUGUUGCUAGGAUUUUGGAUUUUUUUUUUUAUACAAGCUAUAAAGAUGUUGGGCAUAAAAUAACUUCAUGUUCUAUUUCAUUUUUUGUGCGCUUGCAUGUGUGUGUGUAUGUGUGUUGAAGGGUUAAGUGGAUGGUUGUGUUCAAUCAUGAAUAUGUGUGUCUCAUUCCCAAAUACAAGCUGAAAGAAAUACAAUGUUUGAUACAAUGUUGAGAGUUGUGUCUUGUACAGUUGUUUAAAAAAAUGUGGACUAUGUUACAAUGUGUUUCUUUUUUUGAUACAUAAUCUGAAAUGAUGAUAACUUUAUUCUGUUUACACAAUGCGCCUAUUUUUCAGUUCUGCUAUAGAAGUGGUUGUGAUAUUUCCUUUGAAUUUACAACAUAUUUUAAAAGUUAGUUUUGAUUGUGUCUUCUUCAUUGCAUAUAAGAAUUUCUUAUAGAGCAAGUCUUCAAUUUGCAAAAUUGCUGUGUGGACAUGAUUACUGUCUUUUAAAUAAAUGGGAAGUGAGCUGUGUUGUCCUGUACAACCAGAGAGCUUAUAUGAUCUAAGCUCUCUGGUACAACCACGUACUGGUACUGUGCUAAUUUAAAAUGUUUGGAACUUCAUUCAAGAACACUAUUUGUUCUGAUUUUACCCUAUGCAGUAUCAUAUGUGGAAUAUCAGACCUUCAUAAAGACACUUAAUUUUGACCAUGUGAAGAUUAUACAUCCAUAACUAUC